CAUCAGCACCACUCAGCGCAGUGGGAGAGUGAGGGAGGGAGGGAAGCGACCGGAGAAGUGCUCGGUCGGUGCAGCUUCAUCCACAACCGAGCACAGUCGAGGAGAGAAUAACUGAAGGACAUCCACCUUCUCAUUCACACAAAUAUCUGCACCUACUCAUCCCUCCAUCCUCCAGACCAGCAGCUUCUCUUUUUCUCCUUCUCCUCUCUCCUCUUGCCUCGGACAUUAUGAGCUCCAGCUUGUUAGAAAACCCGGUGCAGGCGAUUCUGUACCUGCGGGAACUCACCACUAUCGUGCAGAACCAACAGAGUCUCAUCCAGACCCAGCGCGCUCGGAUAGAGGAACUGGACAGGCGAGUGGACGAGCUCAUCGGUGAGAACAGACACCUGAGGGACGUCAGGGUACAACAUCCCUACCUUCACCAUCUUCACCACCAUCAUUUCCCGGACCCAAGCUGUCUCCAUCAUCACCACCACCCGCAGGAACCUCAGCUUAAGACUGGUGGGGGGUCUCUGCCGGACCAUGCAGCCACACCAGCACAGAUCGAGGCGGCUCCGGCCCAACCUUUGGACCCAGGGGACAUGCAGCUAGUCCCAGCAGACCUGUCCACUAUUUCGCCUUUAGAAAGUGAGACAGAGAAUGGAAGUUGUCCCAGUUGCCGGUCGUUGGUUCCAAUGACCCCAACAACCCUUUGUCGAUCCCUGACCCUGGCAAGGAAAUCCGAGAGUGAGACAGUGCUGCAUCAGUUUUGCUGCCCCGCCCCUGAGCAUCCAGAGUCCGAUGCCUGCGUCUCGUCCAGCGGACAGCUGCUGAGCCUGGAGGAUGGGAUGUCCUCUGGUGGAGGACAGGAACCAGAAGGGAUGAAGAGGGAGGGACCCAGCGAAUACGAAAUAAGCCUGGAGAAUAAAAACAAACAGAUAGAGGAGUUGGAGCAGAAGUAUGGAGGCCAUCUGAUCGCGCGGCGGGCAGCCCGUCGCAUCCAGACGGCCUUCCGUCAGUACCAGCUGAGCAAAAACUUCCAAAAGAUCCGCAACUCGCUGUCGGAGAGCAAACUGCCUCGCCGUAUAUCUCUGCGCCACCCCAGCCCAUCAGGCCGAAACCGGAACGCAACCCAGAGACACAGCUACUCCCUGCAUCCUGGAGGAGGACAGAUCCCCCUACGAUCUAAAACUCCACCUCCGCCUCCCUGUCGCUCCACCUCUCUCCCACCAUCUCCUGCAUCGGCCCCUGCAAGCGCACCCUUAAACACCCAGAGCCAAGCUCCCCCAUCAAGCCCUGGACCUACUCUAACACAGCUGGAGGACUGCUUCUCUGAGCAACUUCACUCCUUGGCUCAGUCUAUUGAUGAGGCAAUUCGUGGCUGGAGCAUGUCGGAGAGCGGGGAGGGGAAGGGGCUCCUGAUGGAUCCCGGGGCCCUUCGAGCAGCUGCAGAAAGUGCCGGCCUGCCCCGCAGUGCCAGCUCUUUGCUAAUGGCCUUCAGAGAUGUAACAGUUCACAUUGACAGUAAUAGCUCCUACACCAUCUCUUCUACCACCACCACCACCACUACCUCUCUGGGAAACGCAGGAGGAGGAGGACCAGGCAGCAGGAAGACCUCUGUUAGCGGAACGGGCGUUGGAGCAGAUGGCCAGUUGUUGGAUGAGCCGGAGUUUCCUGCACCUCCUCCAAGCGAGGAGCUGGAAAUGACUGAUCUGGGAUCCAGGAGGGGCUCAGCUAUCCCGGCAGCAGGAGGUGCAGAAGGGGAGAGCUGCUCAGAUGGACAGGGAUUCACCUCCACUUCUACUUCUACCUCUACAUCAAUUUCCACCUCAACCCAACCUAAUCAGCAGCCCGCUCAGAUUUACACCCAGUACCAGCAGUACCACUACACACACCCUCAGCAGAUCCCUGCUGGUCAAACUCCUGAAUCCCUGCAGGCUCUGGUUGUCUCUUUGCCGAGGGACCGUUGCCAAGACCCAGUUUCUUGCCGCUCACCAACCCUGUCCACCGACACCCACCGCAAACGCCUCUAUCGAAUUGGCCUCAACCUCUUCAAUGUGAACCCAGAGCGAGGGAUCCACUUCCUGAUCACACGUGGUUUUGUCCCGGACACGGCGAUCGGAGUGGCGCACUUCCUCCUGCAGAGGAAGGGCUUGAGCCGACAGAUGAUCGGGGAGUUUUUGGGAAACAGCAAGCUGCAGUUCAACAGGGAUGUCCUGGACUGCGUUGUGGACGAAAUGGAUUUCUCAGGCAUGGAACUCGAUGAAGCUCUGAGGAAGUUCCAGGCGCACGUUCGUGUUCAAGGAGAAGCCCAGAAAGUGGAGAGACUCAUCGAGGCUUUUAGUCAGAGGUACUGCAUGUGCAAUCCUGAUGUGGUGCAGCAGUUUCACAACCCAGACACCAUCUUCAUCCUGGCCUUCGCUGUGGUCCUCCUCAACACCGACAUGUACUCCCCCAACAUCAAACCUCAGCGCAAAAUGGGCCUCGACGACUUCAUACGCAAUCUGAGAGGUGUGGAUGAUGGAGCAGACAUCCCCAGAGAGAUGGUUGCAGGGAUUUAUGAAAGGAUUCAGCAGAGGGAGCUGCGCUCAAAUGAAGACCACGUAACCUAUGUGAGUCGUGUGGAGCAGUCCAUCCUGGGCCUGAAAACGAUCCUCGCUGUGCCCCACAGACGGUUGGUGUGCUGCUGCCGUCUAUUUGAGGUGCCUGAUGCAAACAAACCUCACAAACAGAAACUUUCGCAGCUCCAAAGAGAGGUUUUCCUCUUCAACGACUUGCUGUUGAUCCUGAAGCUCUGUCCCAAGAAGAAAAGCUCAGCCUCUUACACUUUCUGUAAAGCUAUGGGUCUCCUGGGAAUGCAGUUUCACCUCUUCAGCAAUGAGUAUUAUGCUCACGGUGUCACCAUGAUGAGCCCGUUUACGUCAGAGAAGAAGCAGCUGGUGAGUUUCUGCUCUCCAAGCGGAGAGGAGCUGAGGAAAUUUGCGGAGGAGCUUAGAGAAGCUAUAGCGGAGGUCAACGAGAUGGAGCAGAUACACAUUCAAAUGGAAUUAGAGAGGCAACAAGGCAUCCAACCGCACAUUUUGCACACCAACGGUGGUCAAAUGGACACGCACACGGGGCACGGCUCUCCCUCAGGCCAACAGGAUACGUAUGAUAAAACUGGCAACAACAACACAGUAGAGGUGUCAAUUCACAACAGGCUGCAGACGUAUCAGCUGAGCCAGCCCAGCAUUGAGUCAGCGCCUCUGGCCCUGGCGGCACCACCUGCCCUCCUCAGUCCCAUCCAGGCUGGGGACCUACGCCCAGAAACACUCAUACAGUGCCAGCAGAUUGUCAAGGUGAUUGUCGUGGACCAGAGUGGACGAGGGCGGAUGGAGGCCUUCCUCAGCCAAGGUCCGGCCACCCACCAGCUCAUCCAAUCGGCCAUAUCGACGCCCGCAUGUGUCAGAGAGGGAGAUGGACCCCAGCCGCCCCUGCCGCCUCCCCCUCCUCCUUACAACCACCCCCAUCAGUUCUGUCCCCCUGACUCACCUAUGCCCUUUCACCACACCAUGCCUCUGACCCGCAGGCGCAACUCCAGCGGUUCUCGCAGCAUCGUUUGAGUCGACCUCUGAGCUAGAACUGACCUCUACACUCGCACACAGCACCAGGCACUUGGUGGAGCACAAGUCAAGUCAGUUUGACGACAAGCAGUGCAAAAAAGAAAAGAGUUUACGAGUCAAAAGGUAUGAAGAGCCAAUUCUCUGUCUUGGCUGGGUUGCGUUGAUUCUGAAGAUGGAGUAGCUUUAAUGGCAAUUCUGAAAGAGACUUCACCCCCUCUUUUGUCUCCAACGCGUCUUCUGGUGACCCGUCUACUUGUCACAGAUUUAGGUGUCACCUGUCCAACGACUGUCUGUGAGCGAGCCUGGUGAGAGAUGGAUCCAGAAAAACACUUCAUGUGAAAGACAAAAAAUUCUCCAUUGAUGUUAGCGACUUUCCUUGAUGUAAGUCUUUUUGUUUCAUGAGGAAUCAUUUCAGCACUCUGCAUAAUGUGAAGAAACAAGAGUACCAGCUUUUUUGUGUCCUUGUUUUCAAGGGAGCAGGAAAUCAGUAUGUGAGGAAGGAGGUAAGGGGAAAAAAGAUAAAUGGUUCUGUCACCGCUACAAUGUCAUGUGCAAUUUAGAGUAGUAAGCGAAGGUGUUGCUGCUCAUCUACUUAAAACAAGUUCCCGAUGACAAUCAUGUUUCUGUGCUUCAUUGUGCAUUUUGCUAAAACGGUUGUAGCACAAAUAGUGUCUCACUGCUCUGAUUUGGUGGAGUGUUGCUCUGAUAGAGCUCAGGAAAGACUGGAACAAGUGAUACUGUAUCUGCACCCCUGAGCUGCUGAGAGCAGAGGGUGUGUGAGUGUGUGUGUGUGUGUCCAGUCUGCUUACUCAUGGGCCACAGCGAAUCUGACUGGUAAGUCAUUUAAAACAAGGCUAAAACAGGCAUACUGAGCAUUUCUUUUGAUGUAAGUUUACUCCUAUUGUGAAUUCUGAUUUUGGAUUUAGACUAUACCUCUGCCCAGAAAAUGUGUUUUAUAAUAUUUAAAAAUUAAAAUUAUGCCACACAGGGUAGACACCUCACAGAGACGUUACUGUUAUGUUUUUCUAAAAAAAAAAAAAGAAAAAAAGAUCUAAUAAAUGCAAAUAUAUUGAAUGUUAAAUCAAUAGCUUAGGUCUUUUUAUGUGGAGUUCUGUGGAAAGGUUUUGAAAUUGAACAUGAAACAUGUUAUUGACAUGCUAACGGCUAGUCUAAGUAGGCUCUGGAAACAGAUUCCAUUUCAAAAUUUUUCUUUUGGUUUUAUGAAAAUUCUAUUUUAAAAAUCCUGUCAAAUCCAUAUUUUGUGCAAAAUCCUAUAAUUAUUUGCAAUCUAAUAGUCCCAUAUUUGAAGCUAAAACAUUCCUCGUAAAUUCAUCAAGGAUGCAAUUUGUUCCAUAGUUUUAAGAAUCAUUGUAAAUGUAUUUACAAAUUACAAAGAAAAAGUAUAAAACUAUGUUUGAAAAGGUCACUCGCUCACUCACUAGCUGCCUACACAGACAAUUUCAAAGAAAAUUCAUCGUUCGUUCUACACAUAAGUAGAAGAAAUGUCUGAUGUUUGUUUUGGGGAAAGAGAUUUUUCAAGCAUUUGUUGCUUGAAAACAUUAUUUGCAAGUGAACUGUGAUCAUAUUUUCAUGUCUUCAUUCCACCAAAUAGAAGUCAUUCAACAAUGCAGAAUGUAAUUUCAUUUCCACAAUUGUUCUGAAUGACAAUUCACGUAGAAAACAUGGUCUCACAUCAAAUUAUGGUUAGAUAUUUUAUCUAGACAAGCAAGUAACAACAUCCACCUUAGUGUAAUCUAGUUUAUUUUGUUUUCUGCUACUUGAUAGCCCAAGGCUAUGUGCAACUUGAGGCAUUUCUGAAAUGUUCCAUGUUUUCCAUUUUGAUCGUGCGUUUUUAAUCCACUAAGAUUUUGGAUUAUCUAUUAGCAACAGAACUAAACUCUUUUUUUCCCAGCCAUCUAUCUUCAACAGAGAAGACACUAAUUGUUUUAAACCACAGAACCUCACUAAAAAAUAUCUGAACUAUCCCUUGUCAGAGGGAGAAGCUAAGAUGUCUAUGAAAUGAUUAUUUUAGUUGUUUUUACCCAUCACUGUGUUCUCUGUUCAGCGUUGAUGAUUUCAGGCUUGAGCCAGUAUGUAUAGCACACCAUGAAUCAUCCAACGCAGUCUUUUGCACCGCAGAAUAUAUUGGACAUAAUGUAAAUAGAUACCAUAGAUUUAUUCUGAAAAACAAAACAAAACAAAGUGAUCCCAGUGUGUGUAACUACGUAUGUAUUUGUACAGAGAAAAUUCUAGUUUAAAAGAAAAAAAGAGUAUAAUAGUUAUUAUAGCUAGCAUUUAUUAUCAGGGGAUGUUUUAAAUGCUAACCCAAUGAAAGAUGGGGAAACAAGCAGUUUUUCUAGACUAUACUCCAGUUACCAUGGUAACAAACACUGACACUGAGACUGAUCAACAUCCAUUAUUAAAUGAUCAUGUCAUGUUUUUACAGUUUUACUAAGAGAUGGCUGUUUCACCUGUCCAGGUGUGUAAAGGGCUAUGAUUUAUUGGUAGAUACGCUACAAUAAAAUCACAUCAGGCUCACAAAAACACACAUUUACACACACAGAUUCACACACACACCAAAAGCCACAACUAACCUAGUUUAAAUUAACUCCUAGAUCUGUGAACCCAUCAGAACUUCUUGGUUGAAUAUAAACCCUGACUGACAUGUACAAAGUCGCAUGAUCUUUGAUUUUAUUUUUCUAUAAUUGUUAUUUUUAUGUAAAGCACAAAGAAGAGUCUGGAUCCUAUGUUUGUGUCAUUACUGUCAGGGCAUGUUGGGUUGAUUGAUGUCAUUUUCUCCUCCCUCUCCACUUCCGCCUCCUUUUUCCGCCUUUCCCCUCUUCCUCCUCUCUGUGGUUGUCAUGGAGACGCACCAAUCUGCAGCCUCUCUGCGGCACACUGUCAGCUAAUCUUUGCAUCCUUAUGACAUUUCUAACAAGGAAAUUUCUUAAAGAUCAACAUGUUUCCUAUUGGAAUUUCUAUUUAUUUUUGUUUUAUUUGAAGAGAAUGAAAGAAUAAAGUAGUUUUUACUCUCGG